GCAAACGAGACACCGAAACUGUGAUACUAUAUAUAUAGAAUAUAGAAGAGAGGGAAAUAGCUUGUAAAAAAAAAUGGCAAGUGGAGAACAGAAGAUAGACUAUGUGUUCAAGGUGGUGCUGAUAGGUGACUCAGCGGUGGGGAAGUCACAGAUACUAGCGAGGUUUGCGAGGAAUGAGUUCAGCUUGGACUCUAAGUCCACUAUCGGAGUUGAAUUCCAAACACGCACUUUGGUCAUCGAUCACAAGACCGUUAAGGCUCAGAUCUGGGACACUGCUGGCCAAGAACGAUACAGAGCAGUUACAAGUGCAUACUACAGGGGUGCUGUUGGGGCAAUGUUGGUUUAUGACAUCACUAAACGUCAGACCUUUGAUCACAUACCCCGUUGGCUAGAAGAACUACGCAACCAUGCUGACAAGAAUAUAGUCAUCAUUCUUAUAGGAAACAAAAGUGAUCUUGAGAACCAGCGUGAUGUACCCACCGAGGAUGCAAAAGAAUUUGCUGAGAAAGAAGGCUUAUUUUUCUUAGAGACCUCAGCACUAGAAGCAACUAAUGUUGAAACAGCCUUCUUGACUGUCUUGACCGAAAUCUACAACAUUGUCAACAAGAAAAACCUACCUGCUGAUGAAAGUCAGGGAAAUGGGAACACGGCGUCUCUGUCUGGCAAGUCGAUUCUUAUUCCCGGGCCUGCCCAGGAAGUCCCUGCUAAGAGGAAUAUGUGCUGUCAGGCAUCCUGACUUUAUUUGUAAUUCGUUUCAAUUUAGCAUAUUUCAUGGUUCUAUGUUCCUAUUACCAAAUUUUAAAGGUUUGGCGCAUUUCCUUUUGUAUAUUUAAAUUUUAAUUUGCUUGGGUUGUUGAGUAAAGAACUAACAAUGGAGGUGGAUACAAAUGCUUGGGACAGUUUUACAUGAAUUUUGCAGGUGAAUUGAAUGGACUUGGAAUGUUUUUGA